GUGGGCAAUAAUUCUAAAAGUCGUGUUUACUAAACGGGGUGUCAAUCGCGAGUCUCCAGAGAGUUCUAAUCAAUCAUUCAAACACCACUUGCAAAUCGCCAAUCGCCACUGCUAAUUGAUCGCUGUUAUCAAUUCAUUCCCUCAUCAAUGGCGCCGUCGGAUCUGGAAACCAAAGCAAAGGAGGCUUUUAUAGACGACCAUUUCGAGUUGGCAGUUGAACUCUAUACUCAAGCCAUCGCCCUGAGUCCCAAUAACGCCGAUCUCUUCGCCGACCGCGCUCAGGCCAAUAUUAAACUCAGAAAUUUCACUGAGGCCGUUGCUGAUGCGAAUAAGGCCAUCGAAUUGGAUCCAUCAUUGGCAAAAGCAUAUCUGCGGAAGGGCACGGCCUGUAUGAAGCUUGAGGAGUACGAAACUGCUAAGACUGCCUUGGAAACUGGUGCUUCUUUAGCACCUGGAGAUUCCAGGUUUGCGAAUUUGAUUAAGGAGUGUGAUGUACUCAUAGCAGAGGAGACUGAAGAGCAGCCUACGAAAUUGGUUGAUAAUGCUCCCAAAGAUGCCCCCGUUCCAAAUAAUUUGACACCUGCAGUUGACUUGCACAGCCAAGGAACAACAGUGGCAUCUGCUAAGCCAAAAUAUAGGCAUGAGUUUUAUCAAAAACAAGAUGAAGUGGUGGUGACAAUAUUUGCGAAGGGCAUACCGGCAAACAAUGUUGCAGUUGACUUUGGUGAACAGAUACUUAGCAUCGAAAUUGAGUUGCCUGGAGAAGAACCUUAUCAUUUUCAACCUCGGUUGUACGGAAAGAUAGUUCCUUCAAAAUGUAGAUAUACUGUCAUGUCUACAAAGAUUGAAAUUCGGCUUGCCAAAGCUGAUAACCUGAACUGGACUUCACUUGAGUUUAAGAAGGAUGUCCCUGUUGUCCCCAAAGCAAAUAUGUCAUCAGGUAACCAGAAGCCCACAUACCCUUCCUCCAAGCCGAAGCGAGUGGAUUGGGAUAAACUGGAAGCUCAAGUGAAGAAGGAGGAAAAGGAAGAGAAACUCGAUGGUGAUGCAGCUUUGAACAAAUUCUUUAGAGACAUAUACCGCGAUGCCGAUGAGGACACCAGAAGAGCAAUGAGCAAAUCAUUUAUUGAGUCAAAUGGGACAGUGUUAUCAACUAACUGGAAGGAAGUCGGCUCCAAAAAGGUCGAAGGAAGCGCCCCAGACGGCAUGGAGUUGAAGAAAUGGGAAUACUAAAAUCCAGGCUUGACAAGAUCAGAAUCCCUUUGAGUAAGAACUUAAGGUUCAUAUCAUAUCUACUGCUUCAAUCCACCAACUGUGUUUUCUUCUUGGUAGUGUUUUUUGUCUUGAUGAUGUAAAGAUUAAAGUCUGGUCCUUAAAUUUGGAGAUUGGUAACAGCUAUUGUUUAUUUUUGUUUUCAUUUCUACAUUAAGCUGUGGUGGUUUACUUCUGUUC